CUACAUUCUACCUGACGAACCCCACGAUUAUGAUGGAGAAUUUGUUGAGGAGGGAGUGGCCAACUGGUGUAAUUUUGGACGAAGUGAAGGUCCUAAACUAGAUCCUCGAAGCGUGUCUACGCGUUCUUGUGCAGUGUGUGAAAAUUUUGAAGCAAUUUGCAGGGGCGAGUUUGUUACCGUUUAUCAUACGAGGACGGAAGCAGCAAGUUUGAUGGCCGUCGUUUCGCAUUCUCGUAGUGGUUCAUCAGUGGUAUUUGCAAAGCAUUACUUUAUCCCCAUCUUCGAUCCCUGCUCACUGCUUUCUUCGGCUUGCAGGCAAUUCUGCUCGAAUCAGAGUGAAACUACUAGCAAGGAUGACGAAAUUGACAAAGAUGAUAAACCCAAAUCAUCCACCAAAUUGAACACGGCCAAAGCCAUGGCUAGGUUUAUCAAUUACAAACCUUGGUCAAAUGAGCUGGCAUCCUCUUUAUCUUCACUUUCUCCCCCUCUGUCGAAAAACAUGGUGCUUCAAACUCUUCGCCUUAUCGAACAUUCAUCAAAGGCCUUUCAAUUCUUUAAGUGGGUACACGAUAUGGGGUUCUCUCACAAUGACCAAUCAUACUUCUCAAUGCUUGAAAUUUUGGGCCGUGGAAGAAACCUUAAUGUAGCUCGGAAUUUUUUGUUUUCAAUUGAGCUAAGAUCCAAUGGUGCUGUUAAGCUUAAUGAUCGAUUCUUUAAUAGCUUAAUUAGGAGUUAUGGUCAAGCUGGGUUGUUUGAAGAGUCGAUGAAGCUUUUUCAGACUAUGAAGACAACGGGUGUUUCACCAUCUGUGAUCACAUUCAAUAGUCUUUUGUCUAUAUUGCUUAGACGGGGUCGAACGAAUAUGGCCAACGAUCUUUAUGACGAAAUGCUCAGAACGUAUGGAGUUGCACCAGACACGUGUACAUACAAUAUUUUGAUCAGAGGGUUUUGUAAGAACUCCAUGGUUGAUCAAGGUUUUCGAUUUUUCAAUGAAAUGUCACGCUUCAAUUGUGAUGCUGAUAUUAUUACAUAUAAUACACUAGUUGAUGGCUUGUGUAAAGCCGGAAAGGUCAAAAUAGCACAUAAUUUAGUGAAGGGUAUGAGUAAGAAAAGCAAGGAUUUGAAUCCUAAUGUUGUGACUUAUACAACUUUAAUUAGAGGCUAUUGUAUGAAACAAGAAUUAGAUGAGGCCUUGCUUAUAAUUAAGGAUAUGACUGGUCAAGGGCUCAAGCUAAACAAAAUUACUUACAAUACUCUGAUUAAAGGGCUCUGUGAAGCCCGGAAAUUAGAUAAGAUAAAAGAUAUUUUGGAACAAACCAUAGGAGAUGGGGAAUUCAGUCCAGACACAUGUACCUUCAACACAUUAAUUCAUGCACAUUGCAGUGCAGGAAACUUAGACGAGGCAUUAAAGGUGUUUGAGAGAAUGAAAAACUUGCGGGUCCUAGCAGACUCAGCCACUUACAGUGUUCUGCUACGGAGCCUGUGUCAGAGAGAGGACUAUGAUAUGGCAGAAAUGCUAUUUGACGAGUUGGAUGAGAAGGAAAUUUUGUUGAGUAAGUUUGGCUCUAAGCCUCUUGCUGCUGCUUACAACCCUAUGUUUCAGUAUCUUUGUGAACAUGGGAAAACUAAGAAGGCUGAGAGGGUGUUUAGACAGCUAAUGAAAAGGGGAACACAAGACCCUCCGUCCUACAGGACAAUGAUUAUGGGGCACUGUAAGGAAGGUUCUUAUGAAGACGGAUAUGAGCUUUUGAAGUGGAUGUUAAGACAGAAUUUUCUUCCAGAUGUUGAGAUAUAUGAUUGUUUGAUUGAUGGUUUUCUUCAGAAGGAGAAACCUCUUCUUGCAAAAGAGGCAUUGGAGAAAAUGAUAAGGAGUUCCUAUCUUCCCAAAACAUUGACCUGGCACUCUGUACUGGCAAAGCUAUUGGAAAAAGGUUGUACCCAUGAAUCUGCCAGUUUUAUUGUCAUGAUGCUAGAUAAAAGAAUUAGACAAAAUAUAAAAUUUUCAACCAUGAGUUUACAGCUGCUUUUUGGCCGUGGACUAAAGGACAGAGCAUUUGAAGUUUUAGAGUUGCUUUACAAGCAUGGGUACUGUGUUAAAAUAGAUGAACUAGUUCAAUUUCUUAUACACAGAGGAAAGCUAUCAGAGGCAUGCAAAAUGUUGGCAUUUUGUAUUGAAAGUCAUCAAAAUGUUGAUCUUGAUUUGUGCAAUGCUGUUAUUUUGGGCAUUUGUAAAAGGAGAAAGGUCUCGGAAGCUUUUGGUUUAUGCUAUUUCUUGGCGGAGAAAGGCUUACAUCAGGAAUUGACAUGCCUAGACGAACUGGUAUCUGCUCUAGAGGCUGAAGGAAGAUCAGAUGAAGCUGCAUUUGUAUCCAAGAGGAUGCAAAGGCAAGAAUUAUCAGGCAGAUCUUCACAGAUUGAGUUUGAGGUAGGUCAGGAUUCUGUACACUGCUUCCAUGUGUUCUUCCUGAGGUUGGUGCAUAAAUUGGCUUACCACGCCGACUGCAUAGCUAAUGUUAGGUCGUGUAUGGGUCAAGUAGAUCAGUUUUCCCACAAGUCUUCUAUACCUUUCUGCGUCAACUGGCUGUUCCGGUUGAGGUGUAGGUUUUGGGGUUUCCGAUUCAGGUUUAGGUAUUUCUUCUUGUGGUAUGGAGGGUUCAGAUCUGAUACGGGUUCUUUGUCUUCAACUUCAGCAACUUUGGAAGAUGCCAUCGACAAGUUUGUCUUCUCCGUCCUUUGCAACAGCCAUCUUACGAAGCAUUUGAAGUUCUUCUCUGGUCAAGUGGUCUCCAUCAUCACUUCUUUCCUCGGAGGAGGUGUGAUGGCUCUUUCCAUCUUGUCGUUGUUUCUGUCUCCCUGUGACAUAAGGGCCGUUGGGAUGGUUCCUUUGGAGAUAGGCAUAUUGCAAACAGACCCAAAAGGGGUGGGAAAUCCGAUGGAUUCAUCUUCUGGAUCGAAGGAGAUAUUGUGGCGGCGCGCUGGCGAAGGCGAGUGGGCUUCAUGCGCGGCUCCGUUUGACGUCGGCUUCCGGGGAUGCGCCGAUCGGAGGUUUCCGGUGAGAUCUGGAGUGUCGGUGGACGGCAACUUCUCGCUGAAGAAGAAGAAGAAGAAGAAGAAGAAGCUGGGGCAGCAGCAGCAAUCUGGCGCUGCUGCAACACACAGGGGUAAGCGUGCGCCAACACCUGGGAAGGCAACAGUGCUUGCAAUAGGGAAAGCAUUCCCAAGCCAAAUCAUCCCGCAAGAAUGUUUGGUGGAAGGAUACAUUCGUGACACCAAAUGUGCUGAUUCUUACAUCAAAGAAAAAUUGGAACGUCUCUAUACACACGGUGAUUCGAAGGAGAUCCUGGACAAAUAUCCUGAGCUAGCCACCGAGGGAUCGCCAACGAUCAAACAAAAGCUCGAGAUAGCGAACCCGGCGGUGGUGGAGAUGGCCACCAGAGCCAGCCAUGCUUGCAUCAAGCAAUGGGGAAGGUCUGCACAGGACAUAACCCACAUAGUAUACGUCUCUUCCAGCGAGAUUCGCCUUCCCGGCGGCGACCUCUACCUCGCGAACCAGCUCGGCCUUCGAAACGACGUCGGCCGUGUCAUGCUCUACUUCCUUGGUUGUUACGGCGGCGUCACUGGCUUGAGAGUCGCCAAGGACAUCGCCGAGAACAAUCCUGGCAGUAGGGUUUUGCUCACUACCUCUGAAACUACCAUUCUAGGAUUCCGCCCUCCCAACAAAGAAAGACCUUACGAUCUUGUCGGCGCCGCUCUUUUCGGCGACGGUGCUGCUGCUGCCAUAGUAGGAGCAAACCCUAUAACCGGCGAGGAUCCAUUCAUGGAAUUAAACUACGCUGUUCAACAAUUCUUACCGGAAACACAUGGUGUGAUUGAUGGGAAGCUCUGUGAAGAAGGCAUUAACUUCAAGCUUGGAAGAGAUCUUCCUCAGAAGAUUGAAGCUAACAUCGAAGAAUUCUGCAGAAAGCUGAUGGCGAAGAGCAAUAAAAAUAAAGUGAAAGGGUUUAACGACUUAUUCUGGGCUGUUCAUCCUGGAGGACCUGCGAUUCUGAACAAGCUUGAAAGUACUCUGAAACUAAGCAGUGAGAAGCUGGAAUGUAGCAGAAGGGCAUUAAUGAACUACGGGAAUGUUAGCAGUAACACCAUUUUUUAUGUGAUGAUGGAGCUCAUGAAGGAGUAUCUGGAGAAAAUGAAGAAGGAGAGAGAAGAAUGGGGGUUGGCCUUAGCAUUUGGACCUGGUAUUACUUUUGAAGGCAUUCUCAUGCGAAGUCUGUCUUGAAAACUACUGGAAGUUGCAGAAGGAAGAAGAGGAGGAGGAGGAAGAAGAAGAAGGAAGGAAGGAAGAAGAUGUACCCAAU